AGGAGAUAGUGGAGAUUGCACCUUUGUGGGAAGCGCUUCUUGCUGCACAUCGUCUCGCAUUUUGAUACUUCUUAGCUGACCUGCCGCUUUUCACUGCUGCCCUCAACAGAUUGCACCCUUUAACCGUGUCGAAUCUACCCCGACUGGACAUCUUUCAUCACCGCAAUAAGUCGCUGAAAGCUUCUUGGGAAUUUGACUUCAUAUUUUAGGCGAGUGCCAUAGGAAAACGCGCGCAUUGUGUUAGAUGAUGGGCUAAUGAGAAUGGAUUCUGCAUCAUUGGGCAGUGCAAAAUCCGCAGUCGUCUAGAAAGAGCUUGCACUUUUCAGAUGAGGUUCUUCGCAGCCGCGGCAACAAAGGAGCGAGGCUGAACUUCAGCGACCCCGUCGCCCAAAAGCAGAGCGACGACCGCCUCAUCCAAAAGCUACGUGUGAUUGCUGAACAGCCUCAUGAGGGUGAUGACUAUGCUGGCGCAUUAAUUUUGACUAAAGCGCUUAUGCUGUUGUACCCAGAGCUGGUCUUGGACAAGGGGACUCUCCCUGAUGACAGCAAACUACCGUGGUACCUGGUGUUGCGAGGUCUGAUGGUGUUCCUGCCAACUUUGAGCAACGCUGAGAAAAGCAGCAUGAUUGACCGCAUCACAGGACAGUGCAUCAAAAGCAUUGGCUUGGAGAAGAAACUCGAAGCCAGUUUAAUGAUGGCGAAAGGGGACGACUUUCGCUCGUUCAACUUUGAAAUGAUGCACACGCUUCAUGCAGACAACCCCGAAAAUGUGAUAUUGUCUGCCAGAAACUUGCCUAAAUGCUCCUUGGCAGCAGCCUCGUCACUCUUCAAAGUGCUGGAGAUGUCCUUCCAAGUUUCGGGACUGCAGGUCUUGGAAAAAGCAAGAAACAACUUGGCAGCAGCUUUGCCAUUCUUGCUUGAUUGUGGUGAGAGGCAUCUUGAUUGCUUCAAAGUGUUUGUCACUGCCUACUUUCGAGUGUCCACUGCUGCACAGUACGCCAUGGCAAGGAACAUAGAAAUGGUGAUGCCAGCAAAAGACGCUGCAGAGAUCAUCGAGGAGUUGCGCCGCAACCCGAAUGCCAUUCAUUCGGCAAACCAUCCGGUGGCUUGGCGUUUGCUGAAUGCCAUGAAGACAGUCUCGGUGAUGCAGUGCCCCUUAACGCCAUCAGCAGCUACCCCCUGACUGCUUUUGAUAUACCAAGCUCAGGCCUGGGCUCCUUUUUGGAAGUGAAGAAUCCUGGGAUUAUCGUAAAGGAAGCAUUAUUUCUUUAGCCAAAAACUUUGCAAAUGGAAGCAACUCGCGGCCCUCAGAUAAACAAGCGCAAAAACUACAAUUGGUACUGCGGCAGGUAUGCAAGGCUGAUGUCCCCUGUGUAAAAAAAACCCCACCAACUCGUGGCAGGUUCCUUGUUUGUGCCUAAUUGAGUUGAUUUAAAUCACACAGAAAAUUCUUCUUAAUAUAUUUUUCAUUUUGUGAAAACUUUUGACUAAUAAUUUGUAUUAUUAUAAUUGUAUUCAUUAAUUUCUGUUGCAUGAAUAGAUCAAUAUAAUGUGAUAGUUCAAAGAAUUGCUUUUUAUUUAUUAUCUCUGCAACACCAUUAUAUUUUCAAUAUUUGAUUGAAAUCCAUUUACAAAAGAUGAGCCACGCAUUGUGCACAAGAACGGGUUCAAAUAUAAUUGAACACAAUAUUUUUUCUUGUUACAAAAAGUGCCUUCUUUGGAAUUUCUGAAAGUUUUUUUUAUAUAUAGUAUUGACAUGAUGAUAUGAGCUUGGCAAUGUGUCAUUUGUAAUGCUGGAACAAUAAGCACAGCCUUUUCUAAAUUAAAUUAUUGAUCAAUUCACUAACUUUGCUGCUAAUGCUAAUUGUCGUAUAAUUAAAAAUGACACUUUUUGCCAAAUUUUUAUUUCAACUCAAGAUUCCUCAUUUGUCAAAAAAUUUCAAACAAGAAGCCACUUUUUUUAAUUGUCAGGCAGUGAUUGAUCGGAUUUCGUGAGUCGUUGUGCUUUUGUGUAAGUGUAAAAAGGCGUAAAAAUCACAAAUAAUAAAGAGGUUGAGAAAAAUUUUCACUAGAGCAGCCACCGGCCACCGAUCCAAGGUAGAGAAGCAGCAGCUCUAUAUUGUUGGGUUGCAAGGCACGAGGCCAGAGGAAUACUCAGUUAUUUAAUUUAAUGCUAACCAACAUAUAUCUUAAUUAAUUGUUUAGUAGGAAUAUUAUGCAUCAUAAUUAAUAACAUUAUUCAUGCCAUAAAAGUUUAUUAUGAA